AUGAACAAUGGAUUUGCGCUGGUCACUCCAGCCUCCCGAGGUCUAGGCUUCGCCUUUACCCAAACGUUGCUCACCAAAACAACCCUGCCUGUUAUAGCUACAGCCCGCAAGAACACCUCCGAGCUCCGAGAUCGCCUGCUGUCUAGCGACGUCCCAAAUGGCGCAAAAGAAAGGCUUCGCGUUCUAGAAGUGGACGUUACAGAUGAAAACACUAUAUCUUCAAUGGCAGAGACCAUCCGCGAAGAUUACCCGGACACACAUCUCCGAGUAGCACUGGCCGUUCCAGGCAUAUUGCACGUCGAGAAAUCACCAUCCCAGGUGGACGCUGGAGCGGCCUUGGAUAGCUUCAAAGUGAACUCUCUCGGCCCACUGCUGCUCAUGAAGCAUCUUUCCCCAUUUCUUCCAACGAAAGCUAUCACGGGUUUCCCAGAAGCUGAUGACCAAGAGCUAAAAUUGCCUUCCCAUGCAAUAUACGCUAUCAUGGCGGCCCGCGUGGGCUCAAUAUCUGAUAACAGCUCUGGCGGCUGGUAUUCUUAUCGUGCAAGCAAGGCGGCUGUCUACCAGCUAACGAAGACCUUUGAUUUAUACCUCCGAGGACGAUGCGCGGAGAGGGCACUGGCUGUCGCGUUACAUCCAGGCACUGUGCGUACGGAUUUUACGAAAGAAUUCUGGAAGGGGAGAGAUAUGCUGGAACCUAACGACUCCGCGGAGCGUCUAUUGCAAUUUCUUGUAAAUAUGAAGCCGGGGCUGGGAGAUGGAAGAGGGAGAUGUUGGGAUUGGAAAGGAGAAGAGGUGCUACCAUGA